UUAGGAAAAGAGGCACUUGUGAAAUAUAAGGUGAAUAUAAACUGGACAAAUGAAUAUAGGCUUGAGAAACCCAUUUACCUCCCUUUUAAAAAAAUACAUUGUAUAUGUAGCCAAUGUAGGCCAUCAUGUUGUUCGUUUUAUUGCAUGCAGGCAUGUGGAUUCCAAAGUUCGUCGAUCUGAGUGCGUGAAUGGCUCUUUGAACCCUGUACAGUACGUGAGUUGAAUUGCACACCUAAAUUUUCCGCAUUUCGUGUUCUGUAUACCUCACUACACAAAGUUGAAAUAAUAAUGUGAGAGAUUUAGUCCAUAUAAUCAUUACAUGUACCAUCAUUCUUAACUAGCCGGACCAGUACAAACAAAUCAAUGUUUCGCUCGACAGUACAGGCAUUGCUUGCAAGAAGCUCCAUAAGCACGUGGAGAUUUACACUCGGUGCUAGUAGAUCAACAAACAUUGGACUACUAUGCCAGCGGAAACAAGGUCUUGCAAUGUCAGCAAAUCGCCAAUCCCAGCAACCUCGGGUCGUGGUGGUCACCGGCUGCUCAUCAGGCAUCGGGCUAGCCACGGCCAAUCUCCUGGCCAAGGACCGUGAAAAGAGGUUCAUCGUCUACGGAUCCAUUCUCGGCUCGCUCGACGAGGAGCAGACGUUCCGUGAAACAGCAGGGAACGCCCUCAACGAUACCCUCUUUCCUGUCCGACUUGAUGUCACAAAGGAUGAAGACGUCGAGGCGGCAGUUGCCAUGGUGAUGGAGAAACAAGGGCGCAUCGAUAUCCUAGUGAACAACGCCGGAAUCUGUACGAAGAAAACUUUGGAGACGAUCAGCAUGAGCGACAUUCGUCGGCUCUAUGACAUCAACCUGUUCGGCUAUCUUCGGAUGAUGAGAGCGGUCCUGCCGAUCAUGAAGAAACAGGAAUCAGGAAGGAUCAUCAAUAUGUCAAGUAGAAAUGGAAUUGAAGGAGCUCCGUAUCUUAAUAUCUACACUUCAUCCAAAUUCGCCGUUGAAGGGUUAUGCGAGGAGACGGCAGUAAUUGGACGAUUUUUCAAUAUAUGGGUCAGUUUAAUUCAGCCGGGCGCCGUCAGCACACCCAUUUAUGAAACCAUGCGGUCAAGCGGUCUCGGUGGUUUGGGAUCAAAGAGCAUUUCAGAUAACCCAGAUGUGCACGAGAUUGAUCGCAAGUUGAGCAUGUACCGCGACCACGACUUGGAGUGGUCCAAAUGCCCCUCGAUCACGGCUGAGGAUGUCGCGCACGUGAUCCUUCGCGCUGCCACCGACGUCAAGCCGCACUUCCGAUACCAGCCUCAAGAGGCCGUCGCGGCACUGGCGGAGCGAAAGUACCGGGAUCCUACCGGGGAUGAGUUUAUUGAUUACUCGGCCGAUAGAUUGAGACCAUUUUAUGGUAAGGCUGGAGAUAAGUAAGACUCAUUGCCAGUUUAUUACAAGAUUAUUCUGUAAGGUUCUUUUAAGUCUUCGUCUUUAAAUUUAAAUGAACACGAAAAAGAUUCAAUUGUGAAGUACCACAUACGUAACCUGUGUAGGGUGAGGCGGUUUAUCAGUAAGUCAUCAUGCCACGCUGUGGCGAGGGCUCUUGUCAUUUCCAGACUAGACUACUGAAUGUUCUCAGUCAGAGGGUUCUUGAUUGUCUUCAGAGACUCCAAAACUCAGCGACAAGGCUUGUCUUUUCUGCUCCUCUUCGGACUCACAUACAACCUCUACGACUUGAACUUCAUUGGCUUCCUGUACGACAGACUCGUCUACACGUCUCUCACCAACGGUGUUCCCAGUACACAACCGGGUACACAGCUGGCCAGUAGCGAACGCAGGAUUUUU